AUGCCUCCGCAACCAGGAAUGUUUCCGAUACACUCAAACAAAUCCCGUCAAGACUCCUACGGCAAUAUGCAAGAGCCAAGCACGAGCUACCACCACAAUGCCGUAGCUGGCCCGAGCUCGAGAGCACACGCUUCAUCCGAUGAAAUAAAGAAAGAUCGCAAGCGAAAGGAAUUGGCGGGGAAACUGGGCCGAGAAAUGACGGAGCGGAAAGACGACUCCCGCUACUUCCAGGAAGCCAUCUCCGCGCAACAUAGCACGGCCCUCCAGCUCGCGACGCGCCCCGACACCUGCCCCGCCUACAUUUUGCGUCUAUACCCGCUCUCGCUCGAGCGCUCUGCACUCCUCGCGCAGGUCGCACUCGAAGAGAAGCUCGCGCUGGACUCGGUGCAGAUUUCGUACGAGGAAGAACGCGACAAGGUCGAGGAGGAGUGGCGGCGCGGGCGCGAGCGCAUCCGCGAGCGGCUCCUGGAGGGUAUCGAGGAGCGACGGCGCAGAGCGCGUGAGGAGAAGGACAGCGAGACGAUCGCUGAUGCCACUGGCGACUCGCAGACGCGCUCGCACGUAACGCGCAAGCUGCGUAACAAGAUUGGCACCUCGCCGCCGCCUACGCCCAAUCAGACGGGCACGGCAGGUGUCGCGGCUACGGGCACAGUCACCAAUCCGCUGUCCCUGUCCAUCGACGAGCUCCCGUCGCCGUUCUCGCUUCCGCUAACUGCAACGGUGCCCCAGAUAAAUGGGACGGGUGGUGGUAAUGGCAGGCGGAAGCAGAAAACUCAGGAGAAGCCUACUGGGGGUUUGGGGAAGGCUCUGGUUAUAUUGACGACGGUGAAAGAGAACGAGGUGGAGAGCGAUCUGGGGGAGAUUCGGAGAGGGAACAAGCGGAGACGCGCUACAGCUGCUGCUAUGGGGAAGGCGUGA